GCCUGCUGCCACUCUACCUCCGCUGUUGGAGCUAGCUUGAAUCAGCCGAAUAGCUUCCAGUAAUGACUUUUUACAUUUCUCUACCUCAGUGACAUUGAGUGAUACGGAGCCAAAGGCAAUGGGGCUGCCACAGAGCUCUUUUUUGUCCGACGGAGGGAAUAAUUGUGGAUACCAUGUCCACGGGAUUCAAGAGCACUCCCCGGCCCUCAAAGCUGGUCUGGAGCCAUUCUUUGACUUCAUUCUCUCCAUAGGAAAUACCCGCCUUAAUAAAGAAAGCAACUUGCUGAAAGACCUUCUCAAAGCCAAUGUAGAGAAAGCGGUCAAGCUGGAGGUGUACAACUCUAAAACCCAGCGGGUGAGGGAGCUGGAGGUGACACCCAGUAACAUGUGGGGUGGUCAGGGUUUGCUGGGUGCUAGUGUCCGCUUCUGCAGUUUCGAAGGAGCCAACGAGAAUGUUUGGCACAUUUUGGAUGUAGAAUCUGGCUCCCCUGCAGCUUUGGCUGGUCUUCAGGCUCACAUUGAUUUCAUUGUUGGAGCAGACCAAGUGUUGCAAGAUUCUGAAGAUUUCUUUUCUUUGAUUGAAGCCAAUGAGGGGAAACCUCUGAAGCUGCUGGUGUACAACACACUGACUGACCAGUGUAGGGAGGUGGUGGUGACUCCAAAUGGAGCGUGGGGAGGAGAGGGAAGCUUAGGCUGCGGCAUUGGCUAUGGCUACUUACACAGAAUCCCUACUCGCCCGGCUCAGCCCAGCAUCCAAAAUAAAACUGUCCCGCAAUCAGCUGUGAUUCACAGCAAAGAAGAGCUGCUUCCAAGUGAACAGACCGAGGUGCCUUCUGCUGCUGAGCAUAACCCCUCCAGUGUUGGUGAAAUAGAUGUAAAUCAAAUCAAAGAAGCCCUGGAAGACUUGUGUGAAACUCCACCCACACAGCCAGCUGUAGACCUAGAUGUCUCAAAUAUACCUGAAGCGAAGACUCCAGAUUUGUCAGACAUGGUCUCCAACAAUGAUGCUCUCCAGAGCUCCGUUCUUGCUAAUUAUGGAGAUGACUUUUGUGAUCAGAGUAGCCCCAAUACCUCACUUGACCAAAGGCCUCCGUCUUCAGAGGCAGAAGAGAAAGCAGAGACCCUGGAGGCUGAACAGGGAGGUGCUACUGACAUGAUCCCUACCACUUCUCCAAGCACAGAAACAUCGGUCAACCUUGUAGGCCUUGAAGUCACCACGGAGACCUCGAGUGGCACAAGUAUCCCAGAGGUGCAGGGUACUAUUUCUGAGCCCUCAAGCUCAGCCAAUAUCAUGGAGGAAGUCACGCCAGAGAGCGCUGUGCCAGAAAGCUAAUACAGCACAGCAGCAGAGAAAAGCAAGCUUUCACACUUAUAACUGAUGCUUAUUGCACUGGAAUAGUUGCAGAGUGCACUAUGAUACUGAAAGCUUCCAUUAUGACUGUAAGUUCAUCACUGGAGCGGUUUUUAGUUUCUAAAAGAUUUAUUUAUAUGCAGGUGCCAUUGCUGCAUGCUUGAUUGCACAUUUAAGGAAGAUAGUAUGCUGACUGUAGAAGGCAAGAUGGUUAUUUUAUCUGAAUGUAUACUAAAGCUCCCAACAUGAAGCAGGAUGAAGCCUUAGCUGAAUGUUAGCUGCUGUUGAAAGUCAUCCUAGUUUGCACUAAAAAGCUAAAGGUUAGAACGAUGUUAUUCUGCCUUGCUCUCAUACCAUUAUCGGCUGCUUAUGAUAGAAAACACUGUUAGAAGAGGAACAUUUGGGCUAGAGUAGAAGUAGAUCCAUCAUGGCGUUUUAGGUUUUUAGUUUUGGGAUAAUGGGAUUAGUUUAAGAUGUUUUAGAAAGUUUUUGAAUCUCAGGCAUGUAAGCCUUUUGCCUUAUGUCUCAUUUUACAUACCUUCAUAAGUUCAUCUUUUAUUGGUGUUAAUAAGGGACGCGUGUUUGAUACAGCUCUCUGAUUAUGUUCUGUUUGUUUCUGUUUGUCUACGUUUUAAAUGGAUCAUGUUUCAAAUUUUUAUGGGGGAGAAAGAGUAUUGAAUAUUUAUAAAAAAUAAUUUG